GGCAAAUGUGUGGUCUUAGUUAAUUUUCUAACAGACCUCAAGGUAAAAGUGGCACAACGUGGCCGCACAGAAAGAGGACGGAAAGGAGCGUAGGUAAGGGAGAAGGGCGCAUGAUUAUAUGAGAGAGAAGAUUUUUGUACACAUAGUGUGUACACAAAGCUUUUUUGUCUUCAUGAAUAGUUUGAUUCACACGGCGGUGGGAAGUACUAUAUAUGCUUGUAUCCACACACACACAAGCACCAAUACAAGAGAAGGUGGGAGGAAUAAGCUAGUCUAACACACGUACUUAGAAGCUAACAAUUUAUCAGCUAGCAAAUUACACAAAGUUGGAAGAUCGAAGCAGGGGGAGAGUUAGAAUGGGUAGAUUAUUAUUGGUAUGGUCGUCCAUUGCAGUGCUGGUGCUGGCGAUUGGUGUGGCUGCUGCCAGUAAAUGCAUUGAUGGAGAGAGAGAAGUGCUCCUCAGGUUCAAACACAGCGUUCUUGACCAGCAGGACAAGCUACACUCUUGGGGCAACCACAGUGAAGAUUGCUGCCGCGACUGGAAGGGGGUUAGGUGUGAUGACGCUACUGGCCAUGUCGUCCAUAUCCAUCUUUAUGGUAUGUUUCUGUCCGCGAAAGACCGUAUGUAUACGACCAGCCUUCCAUUCUUUGAGCUGCGCUAUUUGAAGUAUCUGGAUCUUGGCUAUAACCAUGGCUUGCUGGCGAACAAGAGCAUCUCAUCAUUGAUUGGGAACAAUAGCAUGCCUUCCCUUACAUACCUUGAUCUCUUCGGUAAUGACUUAGAAGGUUUCAUUCCUGAAAAUCUUGGAAACAGCAUGCCUGCCCUUACAUACCUUGAUCUCUCCGAAAAUAGUCUACAAGGUCCCAUUCCUGACACACUAGCAAACAUGGUUAAGUUAACUGACCUUGACCUGGAAGGGAAUGAAUUGAAAGGUCACAUUCCUGAAACUCUAGGGAGCAUGCCAGUCCUUGAAUACCUUAAUCUUCCGGAUAAUGCACUUGAAGGAGAAAUCCCCAAAUCCAUUUGGAACAUAUGCACUUUGCAAGCCUUGAAUUUGGACUCCAACCUUCUUAAUGGAAGCCUAGUCAUAUCCACAUUAUGCCAAAACCACCCUCUACAAAUCUUAAAUUUAGACAACAACAGAUUGAGGGGACUAUUUCCUGAUCUUACCAUGUUUCCCUCUUUGGCCCAAUUAUAUUUGGGGAAUAACCUCCUAGGUGGGGUCAUUUCUGAACAUCACUUUCUUAACCUCUCCAAACUUCGCAUCCUAGCUUUGUUUUCAAACAAUUUCACCUUCAAUAUCACCUCCGCUUGGCUUCCUCCUUUCCAAUUGGAAACCUUAAUCCUUAGUUCUUGCAAUUUGGGCCCUCAGUUUCCCAAUUGGCUCACAACUCAAGUCAACAUUAUGGAGCUUGACAUUUCCAAUAACACCAUCUCGGAUUCAAUCCCCUCAUCGUUUUGGAACAUGACUACUUACUUUGGAAAAAUUAAUAUUUCUAAUAAUGGACUAAAGGGAGUAAUUGGAAAUGGUGCUCAAGCAUCGAUCCAAGGUGGUGAACUAGAUAUGAGCUCCAACCAAUUAGAAGGUGUCAUUCCGCCCUCUUUCUUCAAUGUGAAAGUAUUGUACCUUUCUCGGAAUAACUUCACCCACCUCACCUCCUUAUGUGACGUCAAGCCAUUUUCUCCUUUGCAGCUUUUGGAUGUCUCAUUCAAUCAACUUUCCGGAACACUUCCGGAUUGCUGGUCAAGUCUCUCUAGUCUUCAAGUUCUCAACUUGGGAAACAAUCACAAUUUAUCAGGGACUCUUCCAACUUCCAUCGGGUCAUUGGCCUCCCUGAAGGCAUUGCAUCUUGACCAUAAUAAAUUUAUAGGCCCUCUACCUUCAUCCAUGAAAAGCUGCUCAACCUUGGCAUCUUUACAUCUGGGACACAACAACUUGUUUGGACCAAUACCAGAUUGGAUGGGUGAGAGUCUAACACAACUUGCGAUACUUGUGCUACGAUCCAACAACUUCUAUGCAGGUGUGCCCACAAGUCUGUGCCGUCUCCAGUCUCUUCAGUUGUUGGACCUAUCCAUGAACCACAUCUCAGGGACUCUUCCCAACUGUCUUUCUAAUCUCACUCAAAUGAUGAUUAUAACAAAAGGCGGAUACAUUUCCACCAUUUCUAAUACGUUAGCAUUCAAUAUCACUUAUUCAAAUUACAUAUGGCAUACCGCCUCUGUAGAAGAUGAAAUAAUAGAGGUUAGAUGGAAAGGUGUUUUCUCUGAAUUUGGAAAUACAUUAAGGGACGUAAAGAGCAUUGAUCUCUCAUCCAACACGUUGAGUGGUGAAAUUCCAAUUGAGAUCACAUCUCUUGUUGAGUUGGUCUCGUUGAACUUAUCACGAAACAAUCUAACGGGUCAUAUUCCUCCGAGAAUUGGUAACUUGGCAAAAUUAGAUGCUCUUGAUUUGUCUAGUAACCAUUUGUCUGGUAGCAUUCCUCAAAGCCUUGCCCUGAUUCACGGCAUAGGGGUUCUCAAUGUGUCAAAUAAUAACUUAUCUGGAAGAAUUCCCAAGGGCACACAACUUCAGAGCUUUAAUGCAAGUUUAUACAGGGGGAAUCCCGCUCUAUGUGGAGACCCACUCCCCAAUAGCUGUGCUGGAGAAGAAUCAACUUAUUCUUCUCCUCAUGGAUCCAGUGAAGAAGAAGAAGAAAAGUUUUUUGGAGGUGAGUUCUAUGCAAGCAUGGGGGUUGGAUAUGGUGUUGGAUUUUUGGGAGUUCUUUGGACGAUGCUAUUCAACAGGCCCUGUAGGUUUGCGUUUUUCACAGUCCUUAACAGCUUUGCUAAUUGGAUUUAUGUUGUGGUUGCAAUUCACAAGGCGAAGUUCCUGAGAUCACUUGGUGGUUAACAAACAGGCUUUGGACUUUAGACAGUUAUGGGUGAUGAGGAAGAGUUUGGAAUUACAGGGGGAAAAGAAAUCACUCAGAGGAGUAUUAAAACAGCUCGCUCAUGAAUCAUGAUGCAACAAAUAUGAUUGAUGAGGAGGAUCUCAUAUAUAAUGCCAAUAAAGUUUAAUAUUCAUUUUCAUUUUCUUUACCAGGUGUAUUAAAGUCAUCAACUCCAUGAGUCUUUUUGGCUGCUUAAGAUAUUUGUGACCUGUUAAAUUUGGAAUAAUGGAAUUCGCAUAUAAUCCUUGAACAUCCAGAUAACUUUGUAGUAAUUCCAAAAGUUGUGAAGCUUAGAUAGCAAGUUAAUCAUUUAAUGAUUCUGCCGGUAUCUUGACAGUUCUAUAACUACAUUUAUUUAUUCUAGAAAUAACCUUUUAC